CCGGUUCAACAUCACCAGCCGACCAGCACAACACAACCCACAACCCACACCCUCUUCAAAACCCACAAAUCAAAAACCCCCCCAAUUUCAACCGUAACCCAAAAUUGGAUGUGACGGAUCAGAAUCUCCACCCAAAAUUGAUGUGACGUUUUGUGGAGUAUUUGAUGGGCAUGGGCCCCACGGACAUCUUGUUGCGCGUAAAGUUCGUGACACGUUACCGGUGAAGUUGUUUUCUUAUCUUGAUUCCUAUGAAUCGAAGAAAAACCGGUCUGCUACUUGUAUUUGUGGCAAUGUGGAUUCUCGAUUAGAUGGAGGUGACGGUGAAGGAGAAAAACCGGAGUUAUUAUGGAGAGAAGCUUUUCUUAAAUCAUAUAAAGCCAUGGAUAAAGAGCUAAAAUCGCAUCCCAAUUUGGAUUGCUUUUGUAGUGGUAGCACCGCAGUGACCAUUGUUAAACAGAUACAAGAAUGGCACCAUGGAUGCUAGACUUGCUAGUGCUACCCUUGUUCUAUUCACUACUACUUUUACAAUAUAGCCCUUCAACUUUUGCUAAGUUUCAACCUAGGUACUUCCCUUCUUCAAUCACUCAUCCCAAAUCACAAUCUCUACAUACCAAUAACAAGCUUUACAAAACAAAAUACUUCACACAAAUUCUUGAUCACUUCAAUUACAAUCCUCAAAGUUAUCAAACUUUCCAACAACGAUAUUUGGUCAACGACACCUUCUGGGGUGGUCCCAAGAUCAAUGCUCCAAUCUUCGUAUACACGGGAAAUGAAGGCAAUAUUGAAUGGUUUGCUCAAAACACCGGCUUCAUGUAUGAUAUCGCGCCUGAGUUCAAAGCCCUUCUCGUGUUCAUAGAGCAUAGGUACUAUGGUAAAUCAAUACCAUAUGAGGGUAAUAAAAAGAAAGCAUACAAGAAUUCAAAGACUCUUGGAUACUUGAGUUCAACACAAGCAUUGGCUGAUUAUGCUACACUCAUAGUUGAUCUCAAGAACAAUUUGACAGCCAUAGAUUCUCCUGUUAUUGUCUUUGGAGGGUCCUAUGGUGGAAUGUUGGCAGCAUGGUUCAGGCUAAAGUACCCACAUGUAGCUAUUGGUGCAUUGUCUUCUUCUUCACCCAUCCUUCAAUUUGAGAAUAUUACAUCUCAAUAUAGCUUCAACAAUAUAAUUACACAAGACUUUAGGAGUGAGAGCGAGAAUUGUUACAAAGUAAUAAAAGGGUCGUGGAAAGAAAUCGAGGAGACGGCUAGAACGCGACGAGGACUCGAGUUACUUCGAAAAUCAUUUCAUAUAUGCAAGAAUUAUAUUAGUGGAGAUUAUCUUGAAGGAUGGCUUUCAACUGCAUUUAUUUAUACAGCAAUGACGGAUUAUCCAACACCAUCCAAUUUUCUUGCUCCAAUGCCGGCUUAUCCAAUCAAACAGAUGUGUAAGGCAAUUGACAGCCUUAAAUUAGGGAACAACACAUUUGCAAAGCUCUAUCAUGCGGCUAACAUCUACUACAACUAUACUGGGGACGUUUCCUGUUUUGAUUUUCUUGACGAUUCCGAUCCCCACGACCUUGGAGGAUGGCAAUGGCAGGCCUGUACAGAGAUGGUGAUGCCAACAUCUGGAAAUAACAAAGAAAGUAUAUUUCCGGCCUCAACAUAUAGCUUUGAGGGCCAUGCCCAAUACUGUGAAGAAGCUUAUAGUGUCAAAUCAAGGCCCACUUGGAUUACUACAGAAUUUGGUGGACAUGAUAUUACAAGAGUGUUAAAGCGUUUCGGUAGUAAUAUCAUAUUCUUCAAUGGCUUACGAGACCCUUGGAGUGGUGGCGGGGUGCUAAAGAGUAUAUCGAAAAGCAUUAUUGCUAUAGUUGAGAAAGAAGGGGCACAUCAUGUCGACCUACGAUUUUCAACAAAUGAAGAUCCGGAAUGGCUUCGAGAUGUAAGAAAUAGAGAGAUUAGUAUCAUGAAAAGCUGGAUAUCUGAAUACUACCAAAAUAUAGUGGAUUCUGAUGCACACUAGCAACAUCAACAACACAUGAAUUUAUUUUCUUUGCCAUGUGAGUUUUUUAUACGACAUUUUGACAUAAGAUUAUCUUUAUAAACGGUUUAAUGUCUUUAAUAAAUACUAAUACCACACUAAAUAUGUGACAAUGAGCAUAUUGUUAUAUUUAUAGUUGUGUUAUAGUU